AUGCAGUUGAUACGGUGGGCAGAAUUCCAAAACUUCGAAAUUCUUCCAGAGGGAUCUGUGGCAGCAUUUUUCGUCAAGAACAAGAUUACCAACAGAACUUCAAUUUUGGCCUGGUCCGGUUCCUCAUUCAGCCGCAAGGAUCUGUUGGAAACUUCAAUUUAUCCAUCUGAUGAACUACUGUCGGGAAAUCUGGAAUUUUCGAAGCAAGACGACACUCGAAUUUUUCCAUCGAGGGAGGCGGGAAUCAAUACUCUGAAAAGCGUUAGUAUUCUUCUGCGAGUUACACUGCACAAAAAUUAUGAAGUAUUUGGUGUCAAUUGGUUUUUACCCUCAAGUUGUCAAAUAAAGGCGGAAGGGCACCAUUCGCUCAAAGUACCAGGAUUAUUGGCUAUAAAAUUUAGCUCAAUGGCUGGACAUAAGAAGCUGGAUAUUACUGGACGGGCCAUAAUUGGUCAAACGGGAACAAUACCUUUCCAAUACAAUCGCUUCACAGAUGAGCUGAAUUCGAAACCAUUCAUGGAUCACGAGGCCCUAUAUCCGCCUAAUUAUACACAGCUGGAGAAUCUUUUGCGCGUAUUCUCAGAGAGAAAUGGUGAGUCAUUUUCACUUCAGCUCAUUUGGUAUCAGUAUUCUCUGCCAGUGUACGACCGAAAAAACAUUUAG